CGCAGAGCGAUGCUGGGGGCCUGGGCGCUGCGCUGGGGUCUCCCUGCACGGCGCGCCCCGAACGGGGCAAGGCCCCAGCCGGCCCGAGUCCCUCUGUGCGGCCGCCGCUUGGGGAACUUAGCCGGUUGCAGCCUGGCGGCAGCCGGGCCCCAGCCACAGCUGGAUAAGUUUGGCGGCGUAACCGUGCACCUGGCUCAGCUUCACACUCCAGACAGCCUGGACCAAGUCACCUUCCAGAGAUGGCUACAGGAGUCUGUCAAGCAAUGGAGAGCAGAAGGCAGAAUAGCAGUCUGGCUGCACAUUCCUAUUCUCCAAAGCAAAUUUAUAGCCACUGCUGCUUUGCAGGGCUUUACUUUCCACCAUGCAGAAUCAGACUCAUCCACGCUGACCCUGUGGCUAGGAGAAGGGCACAGCAGGUUACCAGGGUAUGCCACGCAUCAGUUAGGAGUGGCAGGUGCUGCAUUGGAUGUAGACACUGGAAAAGUAUUGGUUGUACAAGACAAAAAUAAAACUACAAAUGCAUGGAAAUUUCCAGGAGGCCUGUCAGACCCAGGUGAAGACAUUGGAAACACAGCAGUUCGAGAGGUUUUUGAAGAGACUGGCAUUAAGUCAGAGUUCAAGUCCCUCUUAAGCAUAAGGCAGCAACAUAGGCACCCCGGACCCUUUGGGUUAUCAGAUAUGUAUAUCAUCUGUCGCCUGCAGCCUUCCUCAUUCAACAUCAGCUUCUGCCAGCAGGAAUGCUUGAGGUGCGAAUGGAUGGAUCUUGAGGAACUUGCCAAGACUAAAGACACUACUCCCAUCACCAGCAGUGUAGCUAAACUGCUACUUUAUGGAUACAGAGAAGGGUUUGAUAAGAUUGAUAUAACCAUGAGAGAAUUUCCAGCUGUUUACACAGGCCUAUUUUAUAAGCUGUACCAUAGGGAGCUGCCAGAUACUUAUAAAAACAUGACAGAAUUCUAAUAAGCUUCACAUUUCAUUAAAUUCAUAAUUUAGAAUUGAUUGUUUUAAAUUGUGGGCUUACUUGUACCAUAUUAAAAAUAUUCCUGGACUUUGUUCUUGCUGAAUUCAAUAUUUACUUUUUUUAUUUUCUAGUAAGAUAUAUAGAUAUAUAUAUUAUUUCUUUUAAAAGGUAAAUAUUCCUGUAAAUGUGUGCACAUCUUUAAGUUUCCUUUACACUGCAAGGCUAACAUAAGGCUAAUAUAGUAGCUCUAACUAGAGGAAAAUACGUGAAGCACGGAUACUGAAGUUUCUAUACAUUUUCCUGGUGCUUUUUCCUCUGGACACUGGCACAAUUGUUUCAAAACAUACAGUAACAUCAAGGUUAUAUUAUACAAACAUAUUUAGUAAUCAGACAUCUGCAAAAGCAGUUAUCAAAUAUUUGCUCACACUUUACUACUUUUUGAAGGAGUGGAGGAAACUACCACUUUAGUGUGUUGUGGCAUAGACUAUAGAAUCUAC